ACCACCAGCUCGGCGUGCAAGGGCUGCUGCGGGAAGAGGUGUCCCGGCUGCAGGAGGAAGUCCACCUGCUCCGGCAGAUGAAGGAGAUGCUGACGAAGGACCUGGAGGAGUCGCAGGGCGGCAAGUCCGCCGAGGUCCUCUCGGCCACCGAGCUCAGGGUGCAGCUGGCCCAGAAGGAGCAGGAGCUGGCCAGAGCCAAAGAGGCCUUGCAGGCCAUGAAAGCCGACCGGAAGCGCCUGAAGGGCGAGAAGACGGACCUGGUGAGCCAGAUGCAGCAGCUGUACGCCACGCUGGAGAGCCGCGAGGAGCAGCUGCGGGACUUCAUCCGGAACUACGAGCAGCACCGCAAGGAGAGCGAGGAUGCCGUCAAAGCUCUGGCCAAGGAGAAGGACCUGCUGGAGCGGGAGAAGUGGGAGCUCCGGCGCCAAGCCAAGGAGGCCACGGACCACGCCACGGCGCUGCGCUCCCAGCUGGACCUCAAGGACAACCGGAUGAAGGAGCUGGAGGCUGAGCUGGCCAUGGCCAAGCAGUCCCUAGCUACGCUGACCAAGGACGUCCCCAAGCGGCAUUCACUCGCCAUGCCAGGCGAGACCGUGCUCAACGGCAACCAGGAGUGGGUGGUGCAGGCGGACCUGCCGCUGACCGCAGCCAUCCGGCAGAGCCAGCAGACGCUCUACCACUCGCACCCCCCGCACCCUGCAGACCGGCAAGCGGUCAGGGUGAGCCCCUGCCACUCCCGGCAGCCUUCCGUCAUCUCCGACGCGUCUGCCGCCGAAGGCGACCGGUCAUCCACGCCAAGCGACAUCAACUCCCCUCGCCACCGGACGCACUCCCUCUGCAACGGCGACAGUCCCGGCCCAGUUCAGAAGAACCUGCACAACCCCAUUGUACAGUCACUAGAGGAUCUUGAAGACCAAAAACGGAAAAAGAAGAAAGAGAAGAUGGGAUUUGGCUCCAUCUCCCGCGUCUUCGCCAGAGGGAAGCAGCGGAAGUCCCUCGACCCCGGCCUGUUUGAUGGUACCGCCCCUGAUUAUUACAUAGAGGAGGACGCGGACUGGUGAUACCCGCCUCCCUGCGCCCGCCGCCCGGCGGGNGUGUCUGUGCGUGUGGGUGUGUGUGGGGCGUGCGUGGCAGGUGCGGGUGCUGGGUGUGGCCAGGCGCGGACGCGUGGGACCCCUCCCCCUUGCGGCGCCACCUCUGUAAUUGAUGUACAUACUGCAAACGUGUGUGACUCUGUCAACUCUCUGUCGUCUUCGGCACGAUGCGGUCGUGUUGUUCAUCUGGGUUUGUUUCGUUUUGUAUUUUUGUUCCCCUUUUGUUUUUAUGUUUCCUUUCGUUCGGUUCGUUGGGUUGUGUUUUUCCCUCCUGUCCCCGCCCCUCCCCUCCUUUCUAUGAAACUUGAAAACUUGAA